AUGGCUCCAACUCUCCCUGCCUCAAAGCUGGUCAAUCAGUUGAAAGCCAUUACAGCUAAACGCCGUGAUAACUGGAAGAAAUCGUAUCAGAGUUUUCGGCCCUCUCCUGAAACGGAGAGUGAAGUAACAUCAAUCCACGCAACAUACGUAGAUAGGGACGAAGCAUGCAAAUGGAUCCACAAUCAAUGCAUCCAUCAUCAAUUAUCAAGCGAUACAAUUGCUCUUGCGAUUGCAAUUUUCGAUAGGGUCAUAUUUGGAAUGAAAGUGAAAAAGGCGCACGUCCGCGUUCUCGCCACCACUUGUCUCCUUCUAGCCGCCAAGUUGCUCGAAGACGAGCAGAUUAGAAACCUAGGCAAACAUCUCAUUAGGGCUUCAAAGACUGCUUUUUCUGUGCGCGAUCUGAAGCGCAUGGAAAUGACGAUUCUUUCAAAACUCAACUGGGAAGUGUCGGAAUCCACGGCCGUGGAUUUCUUUUCCUCCCUCCUCGACUACAUCAACGUCACUACGCAUCACCGCAAGGUCGUUGGGCUUGACGCCAAGAAGGUGCUCCUGCAUUUUCUCGCCAAGCAACUCACCAACUUCGAAACGGCUCGAAUUCCUCCUCUGGAGCUUGCUUUUGGCCUCUUCAUGGUCGCCUUCAAAAAGUACUCCGCUCAGUUCCGAAUUUUCUUCAAACUCCACCAAAAACAACUCGGCCUCAAGCUCGACAUCAAAAUGGCCGAAGACGCUGCUCGUCUUCUCAAGCCGAGCUACAUGACAAUGCUUCCGACUCUUGUCGCUCCGAUUCGACAUCAAUUUACGAUGUCAGCGGAUUCGGAAGGGGCUGAUGGAAUGGACAACGAUGGAUUCAUUUGGAAAAUGUUCGCUGAUAGGUGUAUGGAACCCGUUCCAGCGCCCGAAGACCAGCCAUCUGUAAAAAAAGCCGGCAAAAUGAAGCCUCCGCUGAUGAAACUUUGGACGGCCGAUUUCAUGAAGCCGACCUCCUUUCGCGUUUCCCUCCAAUACAACAUCUUGAGAUACAAAAACGGCCAAAUCAAUUGGUUUGAUAAAAUAAGCGAAAAUCUCUACCUCGGCGCGAUUCCUCUCAAAUCUUCUUCCACAAAUGGCUCUCAAGGUCGAUUAGGAGAUGUUCCCAAAAAGCUUCCAGAACUGAAUAUCAAAGCAGUUAUUAGCUGUAAUGAAGAGUUUGAGCGGGUCGUGACGCCAAGUGUAGCGGAAUGGGAAAAACUUGGAAUUCAUCAAUACAAGGUCAAUGUCGCUGAUUUCAACUUCGCUCCUACUGUAGAUGAGCUCAAUUCGAUGGCGGAUACGAUCAAUAAGCACAUAUCAGAGAACGAAGGAGUUUAUAUCCACUGCAAAGCCGGCCGAACACGCUCAAGUACGGUGAUGGCCUCGUACUUCAUCAAGCACAAAAGACAAACCGUAGAUGAAGCCUACUCGCUGAUAAAGAAAGGAAGACCUCAUGCUAUUCUUCACGAUGUACAUUUAGCCGCUCUACAGAAAUUAUACGAAUCACUUCAAAAAUAG